AUGUCAAUUUUGGGCUUCAGUUGCACGAUACUCAUCACAUGGGAGGGCACCUUGAUUACUUUCCUUCAAGCUUUCCAAAAGGCGCCGACAUCAGGUGGUCAAUAUCAUUGGUGCUCCAUGCUGGCACCUCCUUCUCACAAGAUUUUCGGCUACAUCACUGGUUGGCUAACUGUCGCCGGGUGGCAGGCAAUCUUCGCAUCCGGUAGCUACCUUUGCGGUACCCUCAUCCAAGGGUUGAUGGUGUUGACAAACCCCAACUACAACCCGCGGCCGUGGCAAGGGACCCUACUUUAUUGGGCAGUGGUCAUAUUCUGUGUGUUCAUCAAUGUGGCCGCUCGAGGUUUGCUACCAAAAUUUGAGGGCUUGAUAUUGCUCCUCCAUAUCACCGGCUUUUUUGCCAUCAUUAUUCCGCUCAUCUACUUGUCCGAUCAUAGUACAACCUCGGAGGUGUUUACCACUUUUGUGAAUGGUGGCAACUGGCCUAAUCAAGGAUUGUCGCUCCUCGUCGGAAUGCUUGGAAACGUCUUUGCGUUCACAGGUGCAGAUGCCGCCACUCACAUGUCUGAGGAAAUCCACAACGCCGAAGUGAUUGUUCCUCGAUCGAUCUUGACAAGUAUAAUGCUAAACGGCUGCCUCGGCUUCGGGAUGAUACUAGCAACCCUUUUCUGUCUUGGUAACAUUGAAGAUGCUCUCAAAACUCCAACUGGAUACCCCUUUAUCGAAAUCUUCUAUCAAGCGACGGGUUCGAUUGCGGGAACUACUGUCAUGGCUUCUAUCAUUACCAUUUUGACUAUCAGUGCGACCGUUGGAUCACUAGCAUCAUCCUCUCGUGUCUUCUGGGCUUUCGCACGUGAUCGCGGUCUCCCGGGAUGGAGAAUCUUUAGCAAGGUUGGUUCUUCAACGCCGAGGUCUCUCUAUAGCAUUGUGUCUGACGGUUAUAAGCUUGAGCGCCGCACGUUGAUCCCAACUUGGGCAAUUGCGGCCACGACAAUCACAGCCUGUCUGUUGGCCUUGAUUAAUAUCGGUUCAGCUGUAGCCUUCAACGAUAUUGUAUCUCUAUCGGUAUCUUGUUUAUAUCUCUCCUACCUGGUCUGUUGCAUUCUAUUCCUUUAUCGACGAAUCAGGGGGGACAUCUUGCUCCCGUCUGAAGCUCCCCAAGCUACAAUCAUCAACACCGCUGGAGCACAACUCGUAUGGGGUCCUUUCCGUGUCCCGGGUCUCCUUGGAAUCGGGGUGAACAUAUUCACAAUCGCGUAUCUUAUCCUUGUCAUUUCCUUCAGCUUCUGGCCUCCUCUGACCCCAGUGACUGCGCAAAACAUGAAUUACGCUGUAGUGGGCACUGGCGGGGUGAUUAUUUUCAGUAUUGUUUACUAUCUACUGAUCGCGAGGAAAGUGUACAACGGCCCGAGGAUCGAAACACAACCCUAG